CAGAUUCACAUCCUGUAAAUCGAUAAACAAAACAAGCAACAAGACCUGUAAUUGUCAUACACAUAUAUAUAACCGUCAGUUGUAUAUAUGUAUUAGCUGACCAAUAUGUGGACCUCCUCCACACCCUGGGCCUAUAUUGGACCAAACCUCUGGAUCAUUCUAUCACUCAUCCUCGUUCCUCUAACCAGGGCUGGAGAUGGAACAAAUUCCUUCACCAUAAAGGGGAAUAACUGUGGCACUUAUAUCACUUUUGAUACAAGAACAAUGGACAUUCAUUGGAGGGGAGCUGCCCUGGAAGAUGACUGCUCCCUGUACAUCGCUUUAAACAUGCAGUCUACUUAUACAUCUAAUAGCAGCCUGUGUGUGAGGGCAGAGGUGUGGGAUGUAGCAGAUGAAUAUUUUACUCUCACCAUUGAAUCAGGACUAGGUUAUGCAAAGAGAAAGUUUGGAGCCAACGAAAUGAAGGAAAAUGUCACAUACUGUGCCAAAACAUAUGACAGCCUAAUCCUGCGAUUUUUUACCUACUUCAAGUCAAGAUCACAUGUACAACUCAAGAUAAUACAGACAUCUUAUUCAGCAGAUGAGCAUCACAACCAUACAGAGCCAUUACCCACAGCAGUGUACAGACUUCUCGGGGGGAUUGGUGCUGUAAUCAUGGUUGGACUACUGGCAUCAGUCAUCCUUAAAAGGAAACGUAGGGGUAGACAAGGCUACUUUGGCAGAGGUGGUUUAGUUAUCAGUCGCGCAGGUGAGACAGAUGAGACGAUGGUGGCACUCUACCAACCAGCUGUACAGAACAAUCCAUGUACAGUUACAUCCACAAAUAACUGCAACAGUGUUACUAAUGGAUACACCGGACCUGCUGCUGUCCAGUCCUUUCCUGGGUACGCCCCCUCACAACUGACGAAGCCACCAGAGUAUUCUGAAAACCCAGACAACCAGAAUAGCUUUCUGCAAUAUCCAGAUUCAGCUCCACCGCGUUACGAGGAUGUUGCUGGUGAAACAUCAGAAAACGCCAACUCUUAAAUGGGUUCUCUGAUUAUGCUUCGAGUUUUAACAGAUUGUGAUUUGAUAGAUUGUGAUUCAGUGUAAUUUUAAUUUUUUAAGAAUUGAUAGAAGACUGUACAUGUUAUGAAAUUGUAAUUACAAAUGUUCUCAAAGUACUUGCCAACUCCCUCUAUUUUGUAGCGAGACUCUCAAUGUACUACCCUACCGUAAGGAAUAAAAUAUUCAGAAAAAUGCUCUAUUUUUCAUAUUAAAAGUCAAAUACAAUGUAAGUUGUAAUACGAUUAGCCAUGGCCAGAAGAUCAGUGUAAUCUGAAAUUUGUAUUUUUAAGAUAUUGGUUUGCCAAAAGGUCUAUAUUUGGCCAAAUGCAAUCUCUCUCAAAGAAAUUUCAAGAAGUUAACAAGUAUGAUGUACAGUAUUAUGUCUUAACCCACAAUUAGUGUCUCUGCUUUGAAAAUAUGGAAAAUUGGGGACAAGCUUAUUCCCUAGCAUGGGCUUACUGUGGUAUACAUACGGAAAUACAGUGCAACAUAUUGCAAUUGUCCAAAAUGAAACUUUGCUCAAGUACUGUAUAGGAAAUGAUGCAUUUGUCAUUGUGAAAAACUCUGGCCACACAGUGAUUUUACAUGAAGCAGUACAAUGUCUUAAACGCAAGUAAUUUAAUCAUUCUGUGAUAAUCUUUUAUAUAAAAAUAUAGAUAUAUAUUAUAUACAACUACAUUUCUAUAUUGUAUACAUUUGAGUGUAUUGUAUGGAAAAAUAUUGCCUGGCUGUUUUCUUGCCUGUGUCAGUAUAGUGUUCUGCCUAUACUAUGUUUGUUGCAAUGUAUUUCACUAUUUUAAAUGCAUCAGUUAAUUGAUGAAAUAAGACAUUUCUUUAUAUUAUUUCUAGACGCUAUACAGAAUCCAGCAAAAGUUAUUGUUGUGUUUACAAUCAAUUAAUGUCUACUAGAACAGAAAAGAUACAUUAAUAUUGCAAUUGUUCAACAAUAUUCUCUCCCGAGUUUCUGUAGACAUAGUGUCAUUAGGCUUGUGGCAGCUUUAACUUGCUCCUGUGAUAUAGAUACCGCGUAGCCAGACAUAGCAUUCAAUAAUGUACACCAGCUCAUGCAUAUUUUCACCAAGUACAGAAGGUUUUAGCAUUAAAAUGUGUUUAGGGAUCCAGUUUGCUACUCCUUUAAAAAUUUGUAAAUUACGAACAGAUUUUGAUGUCAAAGGGCACUGUUAUUAUAUUUUUUAAGCUAGACUACUAUCAGUUCUUGUUAUCGGCCCAUGUCUGUCUUUUGCUUUGCAGUGUCUCACCAUACUAUUUCCGCGGUAAUAUAAUCAUACUGCAAUACGUUAUUUCAAAUACAUGUAGUCCUAAUGACUCCAACAGAAUCAUUCUGAUGAUGUCUCAGGCAGGUUGUAACGAGUUGUUAUAAAUUCCAUGCUUUUGAAUUUUUAUACAUUUUGUGUGAUUCAUAUCAUAUUAAGUUAUAAAAUAUGCAUGUUUUUUUUUUUUACAUAUAUAUGGCCUUGCUCCUCAAAAGUGUUGACAUCCAGUAUUAUGGUUGAAAGCAUGUUUUUUCUUUGUUACUUAUUAAUUCAAAUUUGCUUCAUUGUCUACUUUGUAUUGAUCUCUUAUCUGUGGAAAAGAGGCACAGUUUGUUACAAAAUAUAACCUUGUUUUCCUUACCAGUCAGGUGAGAGAGGGAGUGUGUGUUAUACCUAUAGCAGCCACGUGUACUAGGGAUAUGAAGUUAUAAAUCCUGACUGGAUCUGUUGCACAGAUUUUGUAGCAAAUAUUUAUACAAUUAAUUUUUUAUAACAUUUUAUAAUUCUUUAUCAAAUUAUAAAUCUUGUGUAAAACCUUGUAUAAUAAAUCAAAUGUACCAUUCUUGGUUAAAUUUUACAAAAUUCUGGGAUAGUAUAUGUAUACAAUUAUUUUAAUAUUUAGACAUAAGACAUCAAACUUGUACAUUUUCCUUUGAAAAUUAUACUUUUAUAGCUGAUAGUGUAGCUAGCAUUUACAAUCAGAAAGCUAGUUAUCACAAAAAAGGUAAAAUCUUAUAUGAAAAAUUUAUUAAUUGGGUUUUUCCAUAUUUCGAUUUGUAUAUAUCCGAGGCGGAAAUCUAAAAAAAAAAUAUUUGGAUGAAAAAUGGGAAUUUAGUGACAAUCAUUUAUGGCAACAUCUGAUUUUAUCAUAAUUUUUAUGAUUACUAGUUAAGUUAGGUAAACUGCAGUCCGUUUUAUCCUUUUUAAUUAGAUAGUAAAUAUUUGAUGCUUUUCAGGUCACCUGGCACAAAGUCUCAAGUGACCUGUUCUAAUCGCCUUUUGUCCGUCAUCGUGCAUCAGUAAAAAAAUUACAUUUUCAACUUUUUCUCUGAAAUCGCUGAACCAAAUUCAGUCAAGUUUCGCAGGAAGCUUCCAUGGCAAGAGGUCAACCAAAAGUAUAAUUAUAUAGUCCAAUAAGUGUCAAAUUGACUAAAAUUUCAAAACUGAAUUUCAUGACCCUUGGGAUCAAGGAGGUAAACUUGACUAUAGUAUACAUGUAUAUAGGGAAAUCACAUUUGUUUGAUUUCUAUGGGAAUUCAUUCUAAUUUGGUAACUGACUGACCCCUAGGGGCUGAUGAAUGUUUGCCCCUGGGGAGGUAAAUUUUACUAUAUUUUAUAUAAGGAAAUCACAUUUUUGACUAUCUGUUGGAUUUCUUUUGGAAUUAAUUCUAGUUUGGUUAGAAUUAGCAGUUUUGGUAUGGCUUGACCGACACCCAGGGGCUAGUGGGCAGGGUCAAAAUGGGUCAAUGAAAUAUUAAAAACUCAUGUGACCAUUAAGGCCCAUACCUGGACUCUUGUUUGUAGUUCUUUGAUGAAAUUUGGAUAUUAUUAUUGACAAUCUGGUCUCCUCCUUUUUUAGGUGUACCAACAUGUAUGCACAGGAAAUUGGCAAAAAUUUCUAACCUAUGGUCCAUGUAUGUAUGUAUGGUAUUGUAGGUCUACUAUGGCCUGGUUAGGAAUCCAUGCCAAGUCCCUGUAUGCAUAAGAUGAUGCCUACACUUCACUUUUUCUUUCAAGAGACUGUAUCGGUCCAAUUAAGUAUCUUAACAUUUGUGAUAUAACAGUCAACAUUAUCCAAAUGUUGACUGCCUUCUCUCCAUUUCAAGAUCUUAGAUGUCAUUGUUUGUAUAGUAAGAAUAUUAGACCACUGUGCCUCCUAUAAUAUUUAUUCAUUCUCAGCCGUUGAGCUUUUGCUGUUCCAUCCGACAAAGCGAAAAGAAGGGAAGCAACUCCGAUAGAUCAGAAUGUAUUAUUAUAAAUGUCUUCCUGUGCUUACAAGGCACUGUGCUAUACUUUUAUAUGGCUUUGUUGCUGAACAUAUACUGUAGUUAAUGAAUCCAUGAAAUUUAAUUUUUUAAUCUUUGAUUAUACUUGUCCAUCAUUGAUGAUUAUAUAUAUAAUUGUUAUACUGUACAAUGACUGGUUUACAAGUGUUGAGAUGUUGUGAAACGGUGACAAACUUAUAUUCAGAAUGCACUUUAGUCCGAUGGCCCGAUAGUUCGAAGGCCCAAUAGUCCAAAAAUAGGUAAAUAUUAAUGAAUGUUGUAUAUGUUAAAGUUUCAUGCCAGCAUUAAAAAUGAUUUUUUUUUUAAAACCAGUAAUUAGUUUAUUACAGAUUCAAUAUCAAAUUCCCCAAAGGAAGCUUUCAUAGAAAAAGACUAGGCAA